AUUGUUUGUAAAGAUAAAGAAUGAAAGGCAUGACGUAUGUAUCGCAAUUUAUACAAAAUAUUUCCGUAAAUAUUAUUUGCCCAUGGGCACCUGAUGCCACAACGUCACAGACCGGUGACGUUCAAUGGUGCAUCUAAGAGCAGACUCCAGAUGGUUGUUUGACGUAGAGACGUAGCACAGUCAUUCACACGGGUACUUCAACACCUGGCGAACAUCCUGUGGAUUACUUGUACAUUCUGCAUGCGACCUAUUGUUAUACUAAAUCAGCAUUACGUGUUUAAUACAACUUUCCAAAUUUACACAUAUUUUAUUUAAAGUAAUAAGAAUGGUUAUUAUACCGCCAUCUUUCGGUGUGAAGGUGAACUUUUCCAGUUUUCUUAUUGAUCGCUAAAAAAGAAACUAUAAAAUAUGCCAACUCUACAUCCGAAAAUGCCUGAAGUGCCAAUUUUACAUCGUGCCUUAGUAGCUGCCAGAGAAGGGGACUUACAAGGAUUGCAGCUACUUAAAAAAAAUCAAGAUUUAUCUUCGUCGAUACAUGACGAAUUUGGUGCCACUUGUGUACAUUAUGCAGCCAGAGGCGGGAACGUUAAAGUAUUAGAUUAUUUAAUAAACUCUUGUGGGAUGAAAGCCACAUCUAGGUCCUACGUGGGUGCCACACCUGCCCACGAUGCAGCUGCUAUGGGUAAAAUGUCCGCGUUGUUGUGGUUAUUAAAGCAUACGGACUGUACACUAUGGGACAGAGAUAAAGACGGCGCCACAGUUCUACAUGUUGCUGCCAGAAUUUUAAAAGAUUGAAAAAAAAGAAAAAACUUUCCUGUUCCAUAUAUCCUUACCUGUUUGGAUAAGACGAAGUGACCGAAGUUUAAUACUCCAUUAUUUAUAUAAAUAGACCAAAACAAACCUCAAAUACCGAUUUCAUAGAAGAAUUUUAAAGAAUUGGAGUAGAUAAAAUAACCAGGUUCUUGUUAGAGAAACCUACUUAUGAGAAAAGCAAAGUUUUCUUUCUUGAAAAUAGCGGUAUAUAAAUUUAGAUAUUACAUCAAUAUUGGAGUGU